CUUCUUUGUUCUUCAUCGACGCUUUUGACCACAACCAACUUCAAAGACAAACACACACUAAUAUAAGCAAAUAACGUAGCGAGCAAUUGCGGUCGCGAAUCCGUCAUGUUCGAGUCUGUCAUUGUGGACGUGCUCAACCGCGUUCUUGGCGACUACGUCGACGGCCUCAACAAGGACCAGCUGUCCAUCGGCGUCUGGCAAGGAAACGUUCAACUUGAAAACCUCGCGUUACGAAGCGACGCGUUGCGUGCGCUCGAGCUGCCAGUCGCCGUUCGCUCAGGAUUCUUGGACAGAUUGCUCGUCACCAUCCCGUGGAGCAAACUCAAGAGCGAGCCUGUCAAGAUUGAAAUAGAAAACGUGGUUUUGCUUGCGGGACCGAGCUUACAUCUUGAGUACAAUGCAGCACACGAAGAUGAAUUGCAACAAAAGGCAAAGCAGGACAUGAUUGACGCGCUUGACGUGGUCUCGUCGGGCCUGGCGUCGGUUGAUCUUGGGAGCGGAACUCAAAAAGGAUCGGGUUCUGCAACAUCGAGAUUGCAGACAUUUACCGCGUCCCUCGUCACCAAAAUCAUUGAUAAUAUUCAAUUGAGCAUCAAGAAUGUUCACAUUCGUUACGAGGACUCCAGUGUAUCUCCGUCAAUUUCCUUUGGAAUCACGCUAGCAAGCUUUGCCGCCGUGUCCACGGAUGGCAACUGGACGCCAAAGUUUCUCAGUGACAGUCAAGAUGUCAUUCACAAACAAUGCUCUCUCAGCCAUCUCGCAGUCUACUUUAACGACUCGAGCAACAUCCUAGGAAAGCUUGAUUCUGCAGAUCUCCGAGCCGAGCUUACUCGAGGUAUCUGGCAAAGCGGUGGCGCUCAGCCCGAGGGUGCCAAUUAUUGCGUGCAGCCCAUCACUUCGACGGCUCGCAUCCAGCUCCGCAAAGGCUCGCUUGCUGAUGGUCCAAGAUUCGUGGCCGAUGUGCUGUGCGACGCCAUUGCCUUUGUGCUACAUCAAGACCAGUAUAAGAGCAUGCUCACUUACGCGGAUGCGCUGCACAAGUUUUCUCGCCGCCAAAAGCACAAACGCUUCCGGCCGACGUGCUCCGUCAAGGAGAAUCCGCGAGCGUGGUGGCAGUUUGCCGUCGCUGCUCGGUUUCACGAAGCCCGGGAGGCGAAGCGCAAAUGGAGCUGGGCUUAUUUUCGGGAGCGGCGACGCCUUCGGCAGCAGUAUGUGCAGCUCCAUGCCAAGCGACUCACCACUCUUCCACCCGCUAGUGCUGACCUCUUGGAAGAACUCAAGCGGUGCGAGCGAGAUCUUGCCAUCGACGACAUUCGACUCUUCCGGUCGCUCGCGUCGGCAAAAGUCGCCAACGAUCCACAGCUGUCGGCGAUGGCUGCCCUGGUGCGCGAGGCCCGUGCACAGGAACUUGCGGCCGAGCAGCGAAAGUACCAGCGUGAUCGCGAGAUGGCAACUUGGGGCGGGUGGGCAAAAUCAUGGGCCGGUUGGCGCAGCGAUAACUCGAGCAGCCCCACUCCCAAUUCAGUUCCGUCUCCAAUAGCUGUUACUGCAUCGUUAAAAUCAGCAACGGACACUCCACCUGCGGACGGGAACUCGGCAUUCACCUUGACAGACCAACAGCGGGAGCAAUUGUUUGACAUUAUCGGCUACAGGCAGUCAAGCAAGUCGCACCCUUCUCCGCCUGGCACCAAGGACGGCGAGUCGACGAUCGACCACAUUGAUCCUGCUGGCGCUGCUCUCUUCUCACGAGUAUCCUUCAGCCUUGCCUCAGGCUCCAUUCAACUCUUCGCCCCGUCGACCAAGCAGCGAGAAAGCUCAGCGCUUGUAAAGGCCGUAUUUUCGCAGCUGAACGUUGGCUUUAAACGACGAAAGCUGCACGGAUCCUACGAGCUUGACGUGUCUCUGGAUGAUGUGAAGGUGCACGACACAUUCACCCCUGGAACAUUCUACCCCGUCCUCAUUGGCGCCGCGUCGAGUAGCAAGGACGGUGAAGAUGACGCCGGUCGGCCCGAGGGCGAUCCCCUCUUUCGGCUGUGCUACGAUGUGCGGCCGCCAGACGGUGUUGCCGAUGCUCGCAUCCAACUGGUCAUGUAUUCUCUCGAUUUGGUGUACAACGCCCCGCUUCUGAACGCGCUGAAUACCUUUGUAGCUCUUCCUCCGGCAUUGCAGCACCAGAGCCAACUCACCGUGGCGGCGCGCGACCAACUCAAAGCACUGGGUACGCAGACUGCGGCGAACAUUCGCAGUGUUGUCGAGUCCCGCAAGUGGACCGAUACGCAAAUCUUGCUGCACGCGCCGCGUCUGCUGGUACCGCGAAAUGUGACAGCGCAGAGCUCAUCCUUGCUCGUCAUCGAUCUGGGUGUAUUUUCAGUCACUCGCGAGCCGUCGGCGGCCGUGCUUGCCCGACGUCAGCGUCGGCUCGAGCAGCACGCGUUGCGACUCCGCCAGCUUGCCAAACCGCCGUCGGUUGCUGCAUCGCCGCCUCGGCCAUCACUACCUGCUGCCUCUGAAAGUGGCAAUUUGUCGUCUAGUGGGACUGACGACACCCUCGGGACUGACACGCUCUCCCAGAGUGUUUUGGAUGUCGAGUUUUUCACUCCCCCAUCCACUCCUCCAUCUGAAGCCGAGGACUCGGACGUCGAUGAGCUUGCGAGCGAAACGGGUCUACAACCAGAACCAGAAGACGAAACAGUCCUGGCAGCGUUGCGAAAACAGUCACAGCGCAAUCCUUUCAUUCUGGCUGAGCCCGAACUCGAUGCUGCUGCUGCAGCAGCAACAGCAGCAGCAACAACAACAACUACAAGCACCAGCAACGCAUUCGGCUCGUCCGACCUUGGUGGAACGGAAAUGGGCACGUUUGCUCUCGAGCAGCACUUGUACGAUCGGUACCGUCUCGCGCUGACCGAUGUGCAAGUGUUGGUGGCCGACAACAUGCUUGAAUGGCAAUCUCACGCCCCGAAUCGGCAAGCGCGCAAUCACGACGCACACAUUGUCCGGCACUUUGGCAUCGGGCUGGUCGUCAGCAAUUGCGUGUUUGCCCACUCGGCGCUCAAGCACUCGUCGCUUGCCAUGAUCAAGGUCGAUGGUACGGUCACUGCGCUGCAUGUCGAAGCGUCCGAGCGCAAGCUUGGUCACGUGCUGGCCAGUGCGCAGUUGCUGCUUGGCGGCGGGUCCUCGGCGGAAUCCAGCAGUGCGCACGCCUCUGCGCCAACAUUGCAGAGCGCAAAUCGCGAGGAGGCGUCGUCCACUCUUCUGGCUCGUGUCAUGGACUCCUCGUCCGACCCAGAGCCCAGCCUCGCCCAACAGGCCAAAUCCAGUCAAUUCCCGUCCCCGGACGACGACGAUGCGGACAUUGUGCAGCUCGCCGUCACCUUCCACCUCCCCUCCCUCAGCCUCCACUUGUCCCAGUCCCACCCUGGAGACCCAACACUCGGGGUAUCCAGCUCCUCUGAACCCUUUGCCAGCCUGGAGGUCGUCGGCGUCCACGCCCAGUUGGUUCGACGUGCAUUCGAUCUGGCCGUCACGCUGCAGGUGGACGGCCUGCAUCUCACCGAAGAAUCCACGGUCGACGCUCAUUCCCCGUCGGCCUCGCCCUCCGUUGCUCCUAAUCCCAGUCAGCGAUACAUCUUGACCUCCGGACAGCGCCUGACUGGCAGUCAAAAAGACGACCCGAACGCGGCGCGGCGGCUCAUCUCGAUGACCUACACUCGAAUUUCCAAGCGUUCUCGCCAGUUUGUCCGUCUGACCGACCCCGCGAAUCUGCCUGCACACCAAACACUCGACUUUGACUUCAACCAACUCAGUGUAUGUGUCAAUUAUCACACCGUGGUCCAGUUUACCACGAUUGCAUACGCGCUACUCGCCGUGCUUCACGACACCACGGCGAAACCCCAAUCACCCAGUUCCGGCGAACAACAACCAGUCCCAAUCCUUCAGAGGGAGGCGACUGCAAUGUCAUUGUUGCCUUCCAAGUCCUCUACAAUGACAGCCCAACCAACCGCCACGCCCGCCGCGCUGCUGGGACAGGCAGCUGCCACUGUGGUGGAAGUUCGAGCGCGUGUACACCAACUGACACUGGUGCUGGCGGCUCGUUGGGAGCCCUUGUUUGAAGCGCAGGUUGGAGGUGUCGAGUUGCAGCUGAUGCAUGCGCGUCAGUCGUCGUCUGCAAACUCGCUCGCAGGCAACAGUACAGGCGGGACAACGUUUGCGACGGGCAGGUUGACACGCUUGCAGUUUUUGGAUUUGACGCCGCGAGGUAGGCGCUACAAGUCGGUGUUUCAAACAGCGCAGGAUGCGGCCGAGGCCCUUGAGUUUGUGUUUGCACAGCACGGUCUUGGUCGCGACCUUCCUCCGCAGGUGGCCCAGUGCUUUGCUCGACACCGCAUUGAAAAUGUCCAGGCGGUCGAUUAUGACGCGCUGAUUCGCGUUCGCCUUGCUGCUAUUCACUGCGUCUACACUUCUCGUUUCCUCAACGAGCUGUACGGCUAUGUUGACAGCUUUUUGGAUUUGCCACGCAUUCUGGCUUCCGUGAAGGAUUCUGCCGCCGAAAUGGCCUCGGAUAUGAUUGAGCGUGUUCAAUCAGUGACUUCUUCUGCCGCUUCGGCGGAUACCAGUGGCGCAGCACCCACAUCACUGCUUUUGCCGGAGCCGACGCCCAAGACCUUCCAGCGACCCUUCCGCUUGAAGCUGGACAUUCAUGCCAAGUCUCCCGUGAUUGUAAUUCCGCGAAACUCCGAGUCAGACGCAGUCCUCACUGCCGAGCUUGGCGAGCUUACCGUCAGCAACUCGUUUGACUGGGACGCAGAGUCUGGCUGCCAUGUCAUGAAGGUGCGCCUCUUGCUCGCCAACAUGAAUGCCCGCUCAAACCGGCACCGCUUCGGAGCUCUCUCGCACGACGCGAUUCUGCGCGAAACAGAGGUGGCCUUGGAGCUGUCGCACACGUCGUACGCCACCGGCGCCGCGGUGCCUGAGCAGCUCGUCGCGACAACUUUUUCGGGCUCCAUCCAAAAGAUUUACAUUGUGCUAUCCAAGCAGGUUUUCAACCAGAUCUUGGACACGAUCAACGAGAACAUUACACAGUCAAAUCCUCCCGCCUCGGUCGUCCUCGGCGAGCAGCAGCGUGUGUUUGCGUCUCAAUCGCGCAAUCCGUCCGCCAACACCCCUCCAGUCCCACAAAACCCGCAACCAACAACAAAGCCACUGGAGUCCUCCCUGCCAACAGAUGCUCCAGUUGUAUCUCGGGUGGCAACGGUUUUGGCAGCGGCAUUUCAGCCGCCGACGUCCCAGAGAGCUGGCGACGCAACACUCAUGGCAACCAAGCUGUCCGGGGACUUUGCAAUCGGAGCCAUUAUCGUGGAGCUGUGCGGUGAGUUGCGUGGCGGAGAGCGUCCGGUGGUGGACGUCUCGUUUAGCAAUCUUGCGCUUGGCAUUGUUCGCCGCGCUUGCGACAUGCGUGUCCAAAUUUCGCUGCGAAACCUGGAAGUCCACGAUCUGUUACAGCCGCUCACCAGCAAGAACAAGCUGCUUGUCAAAUCCAUUGCCUCGCCUUCCUUGGUGGACGACGGACAGCCCUCGUCCCUGCCCGCUUCGCUCGUGCAGCUCUGUGUCGUGCAAACAGUUCGAGAGUCUCCGUUGUACCAGACUCUGUACCACUCAACCGACCGUUUUGUGCAGGUGCAACUGAACGCUGUCGAGCUCGGCGUGAAUCUGGAGACCUGGGUCGUGCUGCUGGACUUUUUCGGGUUUGGAAACGCCCCACCCGCCGUGUCGGCCGCUGAUCGCGACUCGAGCGGCCAGUUUACAUCUGCACUGCAGCAGCUACUGGCACGGGGUGGACCGGUGACGGGCGCCAUGACUUCCACGGGACCUCUUUCGCGACUCGGCAACUUGGCGCGUGGCAAAUUCCCUACGCCUGCGCCCGUCAGCAAUCGUCCCGCUGCCGCUGCACAACCCAACUCUCCACCCGCCAGCAUGGCCCUUGAUGUUUCUCUCGGCACGCUCUCCCUCUUGCUGAAUCUACCUGCGGGUCCGUUUGCUCGUUUUGCUGUUGGUGAUCUGGAUGCGGAGGUGCGCACCCGUCCGAACAAGCCGGUGCGUGUUGCCGGGGUUCUUGGCAAGCUGUCGAUUCAGGACUUGACAGAGGACACGAUCUUCCCCACUGUUUUUGAUUCUCUUGGUGCCAAUGUGCUGAGCUUUACCCUGCACAAGUUCAACUACCCCGGCGGUGCGAUCUUGGCCGCAGCGCGAGCUCGCCGAGCCGAAAGUGCUGCCGCCAAGGCUGCUUCUCAGACGGCAGCUGCCAAUAUGGCGUCGUCGUCGUCGUCGUCGUCGUCGUCGUCGGUUACAGCGCCUGAAAGUGCUUUGGAAGCCGAGUGGCCAGGCCACGACAUUAAGCUGCAGCUCCGCAUGUCGACCGUUCGCUACGUGCACAUUCACCGCUUUGUUCGACAAAUUCAAGCCUUCAUCAGCAGCUUUACCUACCUGCACACCAUUCUUGGUCGCAUGCGGACGAUUGGCGCAGGCAUGAUGGUGAACGAGGAGCAGCGCCCGUUCAAGAUUGCCCUCGACAUUGCCAUCGAUGCGCCACUGAUUGCCCUGCCGAAAAAUUCCCGAGCACCCGCCUGUCUACUUGCGCAGCUCGGACAAAUCACGCUGGAGAAUGAGUUUGUGUGCGAGCCGUUGUCUGCAUCCAGUAUUGCCUACCGGCAACGCAAGGCUCGGACCUCUUCUCGCGGAGAAGACGCUCAGAACGAUGCAAUCCUGGCCAGUGGACUUGGCCCGGAGGUGGACUUGCUUCGAGUGUCGGCGAGAAAUCUUCACCUCACGAGUGGCACCGUGCCCGCGACGCUGGACGAAUGGAAGGCGUUCUUGGCGUCCAACCCGCCCACCAUAUUCAAGCACAUUGACGUCGGUGUCGAGGUUCGCCGCAAUCUGACCCAGGACCGCUGCAUCCCCAAUCUCAACAUUCGUGCCAACUUUUCAGAGGUGGAUAUCAGCAUUACCGACGAGCAGUAUCGCCUGCUUCUCUCGAUGAUUUUUGACAAUCUGGGCGAGCCUUACGACUUGGAAACGAUGGGCUUGCAACAGCAACAGCAGCAGCAGCAGCAGCAGCAACAACACCAACCACCACAGCAAGCGCACCAUGCACCGACGCCCCCACUUGCCACGGAUGCUGCUUUGCAACCGCGCUCGUCGUCGUUGCCGCUUGUCGCAGGUCCUGGUUCAAGCAUGGCGAAUAGUGCUCAUUCCAGCUUGGCGCAACCCAUCCCGCAACAGCUACUGUAUGAUCCACUGGCCGUUUCCAACAAGCCUGUGGCCGACACUUUUGCCUCGCCAGUGCCAAUGGGCUUUUCUGCCAUUGUUCCCCGGCAAGGAACAGCUGCUGCAGUCGCCUCGUUUGUUGCUGCAACGGCACAUGGCUCUUCGCACAACACGCUGCAGAUGCAGCCGCCAGUCGAAAUCGAUCAACCGGCCGAGAAUUGCGAAACCAUUCAGUUCACCGUCACCCUGAAAACGGUGGCGUUGAGCAUGUUGGAUUGCACCGGACACGCCAAGCCCAGUCCACUAGCCAUGUUACACGUGAACAACACGCUGUUUGAGUUUACUGGGUAUGCCGACAACCGAACGUCAAACUUGCGCUUGGAGGUCGGAGCCAUCAGUGUCUUUGAUGCCCGUCCGAAUGGCGGCAACGUUCAUCUCGAAAUCAUGUCACCUCGAAAGGCGCCUGGGCUUCCAACGUCUCGUUCCAAAACGUCGCCGAGUGAAGAGGGAGCGUCGCGUCCUCCGCCUGCCCAGCUUCAGGUCGAAGUACGGUCAGAGCCAACUCGUCGCAAGUGCAGCGUUCUGCUUGAUUCCGCGCGCGUUCUGCUCGUGUUUGACUGGUGUGGCCUUCUUGUGCGCUGGGCCAUUCCUCCGCCUCGGGCAAGCCCGCCCCCGACGCAAACCCCAAAGACUCCUCCUGCCUUUGCUGCUGCUGCUGCUCUAGCGACUCAUCAGCAAGCUCAAGAAGCUGCAGCUCCAGGCGUGACGUCGAUUCCGGACGACGAGUUUAUCUCGUCCGACGACGAGUCGGAUCCUUCCGACCCUUCGUCGCCGUCGUUCGAUGCCGCUGGAUCGACGCUUGCUGCCUCGUGGCUGCCGUCCCACUUUAUGCAAGAGUCCCGUCGGUUGAACGCGGCCAAGGCUGCACCUGCAGCAACUGCAGCUGCAGCCGCCACCUCUCCUGCAGCAAAUGUACCCGCUCAACAGCCAAUACUACCCGUGCAGCAGCCGCCAGGCGCACUCGAUCUCAUUGUGAGUGUGACCAACGUCGAGGCACUUUUGGUCGAGUCUGUCUCGCACCACGACACCAACGCCAUUGUGCUCCGCCUGAUGAGCACGAUUGCCAAGCUCACCACCAUGCCGCCACUCAGUCAACUGGCCUCUGUGGAAGUGUCUGGCUGCGAGGUGUUCUCGGCCGUGCUUGGAAACGAGGACUUUACCGCGCAGUCCAUCAUUCAGCCGUUCGGAGCGUCGCUCAAUCUUGCUGUCGACACGCACCAGAACGCGGGCAUUGACACGGCAAAGCUGCAUCCCGCCCGAGAGCGCGGCCCACCAAAGUCCGAGUCUGAGCCUGAUUUCGAGAUGGUGCAUCAACGGCUCGAGCGUUUGCCCUCGGAGGGCGCUGUUGACGCGCUCACCUUGUCGGUAAAAUCCACGCACAUCAAUGUCCAUUUGCAACCCAUCGAAGCCCGCGUGUCGUACAAGGAUUUGCUGCUGUACCGCGUCUUGCUGAACAAUGUCAAACAGCUGCAGCUGAUCGCGCCCCCUCCCGUCUCAAGCACCACUGCUGCUGCUGGUGGUGCUGCGGACUUGGAUUCCCCUCUUGCCGCUGAUGCAUCCACGGCAUCGAGCCAGCGGCUGAGUCGGACUCCGACGGGCGGUCCUUCUCUGAGCGACGCGGUCGCCACCUCUGGGUUUGACGACGAGCUGGCUGCCCUGCUCCUCGACGCGACAGAAACGGCUUUGCAGUCCCAGCCAGCGUCUCUCCACGCCGCUCACGGCGCCCGUCGUCCGUCUGGGUCUGCUUUUCCAGCCUCGGCAUCGUCGCCAGCGCUCUUUGCCUCGACUUCCACUGGCCUUGUGCACGCCAGCUCGGCCCGCGAGGUGUCGGUGAUUGAGCGACAACAGCUGCAGUUUACCCUCGACGACUCCAGCAUCACCCUGAUUGACGACAGCCAGGGCAUUGACGUUCCCCUCCUCCGUAUGACCGUGCGUGGUGUGCGGGCAGAACUCGCCGACUGGAGCUCGCCCGACCCAGACACAACCCCGCUUGUGGGUCGAUUGAAUUUGCGCUCAUUCUGCUUGGAUCACUUCAACACGCGAAUUUCGUCCUGGGAGCCGGCUAUUGAGCCAUGGCCGUGCAGUCUCCAAGUAUUCAGACAAGGUGUUGCAUGGAGCUCGCAGCUCGAGUCAAAAUCUCGCCUUGAGCUCAACUUGAGCGAAGCGUCCGUCCUCACGGUUUUGCAAACGCUCAAUACGUGGCGCGCGUCUGCGGCGAGUGCGUCUGCUUCUGCAUCCCAGCAGGCGUCUGAGAGCUCAGCUGCAGGCAGUACCACCACAAGUGAGAGUGUUGGGACGACGACCGUUCGCCGGCAGUUCCGUCCAUUUGCCGUUCGCAAUCGAACCGGUGUGCGUGUGAGCUUCCGUCGCUGUAUGGGCGCAAACAUUGACCCCCUGUUCUCCAUCGUGGAGCCCAACGAGGAGCUGCAGUUUGAGUUUGAUGACGUUGGCCGGCGACCUCGCGCCUUUGGUGGAGCUGCGGUACACUCUGCCCUGUCAAUCGACCAGCUGCGCCGUCGCUUGGUCGUUCAGGUGGAUGGCUACGAGCCGCUCCCACCGCAGUCUGUUCAGCGUGAUCGUCGCGCGGUCUUGACAAUGACACCGAUGCGCAACCAGGCUCCGUCCCGAGCGCAUAUCGUGCUGCAGUUCCGCAUGGAGCAGAGCCGUCGAGUGAUUGACAUUAGCUCUGGCGUGGAAGUCCGAAAUGGAUUGCGCAUUCCCCUCGACUUGAUUUACUUGCCGCAGAAUGGCAAUGUCCCCGAUUCGCCAGACGUGUCCAUCCAGGCGCAGCACAUUCGCAGCGUUGUUUCGACGCUCGCCCCAGGCGAGCAGAUUGCCGUGCCAUUGGCUGUUGCCCAGGGCAGUCUGGCAGUCGCCCCGUCUGGGUACAGCUGGUCGCGCGACUUUCGGUGGCCAGAGUUUACAGCGCGCGGGCCCUUCAACACGACCGAAGCGGUGCAACUUGUUUGCAACGUUGCCCGAAAUGCCUCCUUUGUGCCGACCGAGCCACGCGCUGCCUACAAUAGCGCUACUACCACAACGAGCCCCACUUCUACAGCUAGCGCCAGCCCAAAUGCGAAUGCUGGACCCGAGCGGUUUUACAUUGCGCUUCACGUGUCCCACGAUGAAUUUUCCGUCAACGACCAACCGCGGCUGCACCCGUCGCACGUCUUCCACUUGGUUCCGCCAAUCCAGUUUACCAACUUGCUGGCCAACUCGAUUCGCUAUUCCCUUGGCGGAAAUGUCGUGCGCGGCACCCUCGAGCGAGGCGAAACCGUCCACGUUCACUCCAUCAAUCUGUUAACGCAAACGACAGACUUGACCAUCAACAUGGAGGGCUUUGGUUGGUCUCCCCCCGUUUAUGUGCAUCUGGCCAACUCCCCUGCCGGAGCCGGCUCCGGCAUGCCACUCAGGCGAGAUGUCGCAACGGCAUUGUCCAUUCAGGACCAAGCUCGGCGCGAAUUGCGCUUGCGAAUCAACAACCAGCGCCCAGUGUCCAACGGUGCUCGGCAUGUGGCCGUGUCUGGCGCGGAUGUUGCUGCUGGACAGUUUAUGGAGAACCUCUCGGGCCAUUCGAGCGUGCCGUUCAUGUUUUCCUUUGACCAGUCGGGCUCUGAGGCCAGCACCAGCGGCGGAAGCGUCAAUCUGUGUCGCAUGCGGGCCGGCAGCGGUAUUUGGUCGACCGCCUUCCCCAUUGACAAUGUUGGAUCGACCUUUCUGGUCGUGCUUCGCGAGCCCCAGAUGAACAACCGCCCCGACGUGGUCUCGGAGGUGAGUGUCAACAUUAGUCUUGGCACGGGCCGCUUUAGCAACACGACGAUUGUCGUGCUGCAUCCGCGGUACUCGCUCGUGAACUUGACCCGUUUCCACAUCAGCUACUCGCAGCAGCCAUUGGUCUCGGUCGGCUCGCGACAAGCAGUCGCCAUGCAGAGCAGCAGCAGCAGCGGUAUUUCGCUUCCACCAGGAGCUCGUUCUGCCUUCCAUUGGCCGCGUGACGAUCUCGACAAGCUUCUGUGCGUCCGCAUGGAGGACCGCGACACCAAUCCUGCGCAUCCAGUCUCUUACGUGUGGUCGAGCGGCUUUGCCCUGAGCGCCAUUGGCUCGCUGUUUGUCAAGCUGCGCAGUACCGACGCCAAGCAGAUUUACAUUUUGCACGUCGAAGUCGUCCACCGUGACAGCGCGCGCAUUGUCAUUUUGAGGGAGGACGAUGGAUUGCCGCCCUACCGUAUCGAGAACCACUCGGAAGUGCCCGUCAUCUUCUUCCAGACUGGCGCAAGGGCUUGCUUUGAGCUGCUGGCCCCGGGUUGCUCUGCCAACUAUGCCUGGGAGGACAUUAUGGGCUCGCGGACGGUUUCGGUCUUUGUCGAGGGCACCGACCCUGCCAAUGCGGUGGCCUACGACAUGAGCACGCUGCACAAGGAAGGCGAGCUGCUGUACUACCCCAACUACUUUUACAUUGCACUGAACGACAAUCUGGUGCUGGAUGCGAUCGCGCCUUCCAAACUCUUUCUGGGCAAUCCGCAAACAGCUGAAGCCGCAACGCAUCUGCUUGCGAGGCCACCGCACCCCAGCUCCCCUUCCACACGUACACCCGACCACGGGUUUAAUGUCAUGCCGCUCGUGGCAGGCCGUCGAACAGGAGCGGCGGAUUUGCUGGCCAUGUCCAACUCGUCGCCCACAGCCUCUCGCGCGAGUGGCUUGGACGGGUCCCUUGAGCCGGAUAUGCACGGGGUCUAUCUCGCGACCAAGCGACCAGCAGACUCGGCUGGCACGCAGCUGUGGCGCAUGUCCCCUCAAGGCCAGGUCUUCAAUCAGGCAACGGGAUUCAUGCUCGAUCUCUCGGGUAGCCGACUGCAGCUCCACGCUCGAGUGCACGCAUCGACUCGGACGAGUGGAACAAUCUUUGCCUCGACCGCCGGGCCUCGGUGGAUGUUUACGAACGGCCGUGCAUGCUUGAAGGGCAACCCCGACUUUGUUCUCGAGCUGAAGGACGGCAAACUCGAGCCUGGAACCCCAGUGGUGCUUGGGUCUCGCUCCUCCGCACGUGCGCAGCGACAAACCUUCCGAAUUCAACGCUUGCGAGGCGGCAAUGGCGUUCUUCGAGGAGCUGUCGUGUCUGACGGGCCGACGCGCGUGCUCCAAAUGUCAGACUACCGCGCGGAUAUGCCAUCGUCCUCUGGACGUCUGGUGUCCAAUCUGCAGCAUCGUACUGCGUCGGCAAUCAGGCAGUACCAUGAGCCGGGCCACUCGUCUCCUGCUACUCCCGCGGCCAGUGUUCCGACCAGUGUGCAAUUUUCCGCCGUCUUGUCCGGAGUGGGCGUGUCGAUCAUGGAUGCGUCACCUCGAGAGAUGGCCUACUUGCACCUCCAACAGGUCGGCCUGCAGAUACAACGCGUCGAGUACCAGGAGGUGAUUGAAUUCUCCGUCAAGCACUUGCAGCUCGACUCGCAGUACGACGCCGAGCCUCGGUUCCCAGUCAUGUUGCAGCCUGCCAUCUCGAAAGGCAACAGUGCUGGAGGCGACUUUUUCCACGGCAUCUUGGAGCGUGACCGACGCCCGCUGCCGCGAUACGAAAUCGUGCGCCGCUUGGAAAUCCAGCUGCAGGAUUUGGCGUUGACCAUCGAGGAGGUUGCCAUGCUACGCUUGGCGCGCAUUGGGUUUGAGAUUGCCGCCAUUCUCAAUCGGCGGGACACCCCUCGCGUGCUGCAGCGGACCAACUUGUUCAACAUCCGAGUCAUGUCGCCGGCGUCGUCGUCGUCGUCGCGUGAGGCGGAAACCAGUAGAACGACCACUCCCGCAAAUUCAAAUUCAGGAGGGUCUAUCGUGCCUGCUGUGGCUGCUGCUGCUGCACCGUUGGCAUCGGGCACCCCUGUCGCAUCCGCGGGUGGCCGCUCAACAGGAGGAGGACGGGCGACCUGUCGUGUACUCGGUGGCGUCCUGCCCGACCCGCACACUCCACUCACGGAUGUUCACAUUGACCUUGAUGACCAGGUGGUCGAUCUAGCUGGAACCUCGACAGAGUCCAUGAUUGCGCUGGUGAUUAGCGAGUACGACCAUUUCGUGUCGCUCUUCUCCCACGACACGCAUUCAGAGCGUGAGGACCGCAAGUUUUACUUUGAGCUCUUCUCGCUUCCCAAGCUGCGCAUCAUCAUGACCCUGGCCAUGCUGCCAUCGCGCUCUCACUUGCCGCUUGAGCUGCGUGCUGUGCGCGCCAAAGUGCUUCCGACGUCGAUCUCGCUUGCGCUUUCCCGCGCCAAGUUGAACAUUACGGCGCAUGUGCUGGAGCACGUCCAGUUCAGCAGCGGUGGCCAGCUGACCGGCGUGCUGGUGGAGAGGUUCAAGACCGAGCUGUCGCAGCAAGUGUGGGCGCUACUUCGCAGCAUUGACGUGCUCGGAUCUGCCGCCAAUCGCAUUGCGGCCAUGUCGGGCGAUGAAGAGUACGUCAAGGAGCGCGAGAAGAACCAGGCGCCCAUCUCGCGUGUCUUCUCCAUGCUCGACGGCGUUGCUGAUAUUGUCGUCAAGCCUGCCGAAGGCCUUCGCCGAGGAGGUGUUGGAGGACUCAUGAAGGGCGUGUCCAAAGGGCUGCUCGGUGUCGUCACCAAAAGUGCAGCAGGUGUGCUUGACCUGGUGGCGGACACGAGCUCGGGUGUCGUGCGGAUGGCGGGAACGUCUUCCAUUGACAUCCCUGAGCGCUCUCGCACGCGCCGCCCGCGCUCCAUUGGACCAGAUUUCGUCAUACGACCCUAUUCAGACUCGGAGGCUGCCGACCUGCUGCUUCUGAUGAGCGCCAACGGCGGUGACGUCAAUGAGCGCUUCGUUGCUCGCGCCAAGCUCUCUGCCCACAUUGGACUCAUCAUCAUGGUGACGAGUCUCCGUGUGCUGGUCAUGCGCAUUGGUGAAGGGCUGACUGUUGAGCGCGACAUUAGCUUUGCUUCCAUGCAAACCGUUGCCCUUGCUGCCCCGAACAGCACCUCGCUCCACGUCCGGCACUUUUCGGGCACCACCAUUGCUCUUCCCUUUGAAGACAACGUUAGCGCAAUUCGCAUUCGUGACAGAAUCUUGUUUGCGUUGGAAUUGUUUCACGAGCGUUGA